AUGUUUGAUGUGGUUCCUGAUUCUUAUUUGGCUGAUAUAUUGUUUCACAACAGGGUCGACGAUAGAUGUGGAAUAACAGUCAUAACACAACCUCCAAGUCAUGUGAUUGAAGCCAUCUGUUUGAUACAGAAACGUCUGAGUCAAGUAAUAGAUUCCCAGCGACUAUGGCUCACCCCAUCCGAGAAUUUACAUCUCACGUUGCUGGAGCUCAUAUACAAUUGCAGUCAGGCUCAAGUCGAGGAAGUACUUUUACAAUUGAAUGAGAGGCAUAGCCUCCAAGAACUUUUAAGCUACAUUGUUUCUGUUAGUCCUGUACUUCAUGCGCCAAAAUUGAAAUUAACGCCAUCAGCAAUAAUUCUGAUUUUCUCUUCGAAAGACAAACCAAUUCCAUUAUCCCAAUAUAAACUACUACUUCGUGAUAAGGUUCAAAUUGACUUGUCAGGAUAUUCUGUGCCCAGAUAUAGCACCACUACCGAAACUGGCCAUAUUACUUUAGCAAGAUUCAUAGCACAAAUCAAGUCGUCGGAUGUGCAACAGCUUGAAUCACUGGUCAGUGGAAUCAAUGAUACCCUUCGUGAUCUCGUAUGGCACGCCAAUAACGAAGUUAACGUUCGUAGUGGGCCCGUGUGGUAUGGAGGUGGUCAUCGGGAGCUCGCCGCCGCUAAUGGUAUUAGAAAUUAA